CCAGUGGGCGGGAUCAGCAGUAGUUGGGAGUGAAAGCGAAGCGCAGGAAGAGAGAAAGACGGUGAAGCAGCCGAGGCUGUGGCGGCGACUGUGGUUGACCGGGGUACGCGGAGGGGGCGAGGCGGCCGCCCCUGUAUGCGUCUUCAGCCGCGCAUGGACGACCACCUCAGCCUCCUGCAGUCACCCCCGCCGAGCGUAACCAGAACCCGGGGCGACAACCUGGUGAACCACGGAUACACCGAGACAGAGACCGACGUGAUGACGGUCGUGGCGUGUGACAAUAUGCUAGAAGAGUCGGCGGCUCUCCCGGGCCACCACUCUCUGGACCGCUAUGAACCGGAUCACGAAUGCUGCGAGAGGGUGGUCAUCAACAUCUCAGGAUUACGCUUCGAGACGCAGCUUAAAACGCUCUCCCAGUUUCCAGAGACGCUGCUGGGGGACCCUAAGAAAAGGAUGAGGUACUUUGAUCCUCUCAGGAAUGAGUACUUUUUCGAUCGGAACCGACCCAGCUUCGAUGCCAUUCUGUAUUACUACCAGUCUGGCGGGCGCAUAAGGAGACCUGUUAAUGUGCCCAUUGACAUUUUUUCUGAGGAGAUCCGCUUCUAUGAGCUGGGUGAGGAGGCUAUGGAGAAGUUCAGGGAGGAUGAGGGCUUCAUAAAGGAGGAGGAGCGGCCACUACCAGAAAAUGAAUUUCAAAGACAGGUGUGGCUGCUGUUUGAAUAUCCGGAGAGUUCGGGUCCCGCCCGGGGAAUAGCGAUUGUGUCUGUUCUGGUCAUUCUCAUCUCCAUUGUCAUCUUCUGCUUAGAGACACUGCCAGAGUUCAAGGACGAAAAUAGGGAUUUGAUCGCUAUUGCGCCUGUGAUAAAUAGCACAUUCCCAUAUUUCAUCAGCCCCUUCUCAGACCCGUUCUUUGUUGUGGAGACAUUGUGUAUCAUCUGGUUCUCCUUCGAGCUGCUGGUGCGCUUCUUUGUAUGUCCAAGUAAAGCCACGUUCUCCAAAAACAUUAUGAACAUUAUAGACAUUGUGGCCAUCAUUCCCUAUUUCAUCACCCUGGGCACAGAGUUAGCAGAAAGGCAAGGAAAUGGACAGCAGGCCAUGUCAUUAGCCAUUUUGCGCGUAAUUAGGCUUGUUCGGGUAUUUCGCAUCUUCAAACUCUCGCGUCACUCCAAAGGGCUUCAGAUUUUAGGACAAACUCUGAAAGCCAGUAUGCGUGAACUAGGUUUGCUAAUUUUCUUCUUGUUCAUCGGUGUCAUUCUCUUCUCCAGUGCUGUCUACUUUGCUGAGGCAGAUGACCCAGAAUCGGGUUUCAGCAGCAUCCCGGACGCGUUCUGGUGGGCUGUCGUCACCAUGACCACCGUGGGCUAUGGGGACAUGCAUCCCGUGACAAUCGGGGGGAAGAUUGUGGGAUCUUUGUGCGCAAUUGCUGGUGUGCUGACCAUUGCCCUGCCAGUACCUGUCAUCGUUUCCAAUUUCAACUAUUUCUACCACAGAGAGACGGAGGGUGAGGAGCAGGCACAGUAUCUGCACGUGGGCAGCUGUCAGCCUCUGGCAGACACAGAGGAGCUGAGGAAAACUCGCUCUUCUUCCUCGCUUAGUAAGAGUGAAUAUAUGGUGAUAGAGGAGCACGGGAUGAACAGCGCAUUUAAACAGCAGCCCAACUUCCCCACUACCACGCAGAACAAUUCGCAAAAUUGUGUGAAUAUAAACAAAAAGAUUUUCACGGACGUGUAGCCAGGUUUAGAAUCAUGGCUCCGAACACCCGGGGAUGAUGUGUCAACACACAUCUGGUCCUGUUGUUAUAAACCAGCGUGUCAAAGCAGCUGAAGAUGAAGAAACAAAGGAAUAUAAUCGAAAGAAUAAAUAAAACAAAGAAACGAAAGAAGCAGCAAGGCAGCUCUUCUCAGAGACGCUGCUUUAUGCUCCAUUCAAAGAAUCCGGAUUUUUCAUUUCAGCUAUCUGAAUUCUGUAUGAUUCCAUUGAGGCUUGAAGAGAACGAACUAAAUCAUCAAGCCUGUACUAUUCUUCUCUGAGGGAGGGAAUUGACAUGUUGUGCUUUGAGCACUAGCCAAUAUAUUAUAGUAACAUUUAGAAAUAGAAGUUUUAAACUGUGAAUGAUGAUUGAAAAUGUAUGCUACUCGAAUGACACACGUUGUAUUAACAUGCGUUAUGAGUCGUGAUUCGUCAGUCAUAGCCUAUGUAUAAUGUACAAAAUCAUUUAAAUGUAUGUGUGCGUUUAAACACACGGAAUGUCUGAAAACACAAUUCAGAUUAUAUUAUCUCAAUUAGACCGUUCUGUGUUAUGCCUUUAUUGUGCGUCAAAGUCUAGUCCAAAUGCUACUGUCUUCAAAAUAUUCCCCUGUAAUUCCUUAAUAUGAGCUAUCGUGGUAGGCUAUUUAACGCUUAAAAGGCACCAUGUAAACACAGCGACCAGCCAACUUUCAGUGUAUCAUCAUCGGUGCAAGACACACGUGAGAGAAGAGAAACACAGCGCACGUUCACAUGCACGCAUACAACGAUCAAAGAUGGAGCGUGCUUCUCUUUGGAUGCCUCAAAUAUAGCCCGCUGCGAUGCAGUCUCCAUGGCGAUGGUCGUUUCCCCGGUAACCCCAGUCAUCGUUGCCAUGGCACCCUUGUUUCCACAGUAACCUCCCAGAUGGCUUGGAAGCUAUUUUGAAGAUUCUCAUGUCUUCAGUCUCAGAAAAGACUGUUUUGUCAUCACGCUUUGCGUGCGUAAGAUACAAGCCUAUACAAGCUCCAGCGCCACUAACCAGACUGCCAAGCUCACUCAGUGACUUUAACAAGGACACACAAAGAAACUGGAGUAAGGAGGUCUGAACUGGCCCCUACAAGUGAAUCAGACACAAGAGGACACUAAGGCGGGAGAAAGGAAAGGAGAGACAAGGCGUGAGGAUUUAUGAAUGGACUGGGACUGGGAGCACAUCCUGUCUGGAUGACCUGGGUGCGCUACUGCGGGCUCUCGGCAGGGGCUGCUGUUCUCCCGCUAAUGAAAUUGGUAAAAAUAUUUCAGUUUUUUUGCUCAGACCUCCUGGAACCCUCAGUGACCCCAGUCAGACUGCCUCACAUUUAGGGAUGCAAUGAAUGGUCUUCCUGUUGAGCCAAAUGGGCCAAAGUUAAGAGCUGAGACAGAACUCCCACUGGAUCAAUAUUUCUUUCCCUUCUCCUGAAUGGUGUCCUCAAACCUGGACUUUGAACAAGUGGUGCCUAGCACUCUUCUCUCUCCAGUGGACCACCACUC